AUGAACAACUUACAAGUGGAAUAUACACAUGAUUUCCGUAAAAUUUAUCCUUUGUUGCCCUGGAAAGUUCCCAGUAUAAAAUCUGGUACUACAACAGCAAGUAUGUCUUUACUGGUCUAUUUCGGAUGUUUCUUGGCUUCUCACUCGUAUUCGUGCUCGUCUUUCUCCUUACGGUCCCGAACACCUCUUUCAGAUUAUAAUAUAAAAGAUCAAGAUAAAGACACCAUAGAUUCAAGUAGGUUUCCAAGUCUUCUUGAUAGUACAAAGAUACAGAGAUUGACUUGUGACGAUUUAGGCCUCGUGGUCAAUACGAAGAAAUAA